ACGUUCCCGCAGCUCUCUCCUACCAAUCCUCUCUCCGACCUACUCACGCGGCUUCGUGUUCCAUCUUAGUCCUUCGCCGUAUAAGCUCGUCUCUAGCUAUGGCUCUUCCGCUCGGGAAGCUCACCAUCCUCAUCGGCGCAGGUCUUGUUGGGUCAGCAUUUGCUAAAGAAGGGGGCUUACCGGAUUUCUCGAAUUUGGUUUCUGGUGCUUUUAAGAUGGUAUUUAAGCAACUGAAACAAGAAGAACCUAGCAAAUCAGCUAGCAAGCCCCACAAUGAUGUACUUGUGGCCCAGGUUAACAGUCUUAGGCAUGAGAUACAGUUGCUGGGGUCAAGCAGACCUAUCACUAUUGUUUCAACAGCAGGAUCAGGUGGUAAAAAGUAUGGUCUGAUCGUUAUCGUUGGGGUGAUAGGCUACGGAUAUGUGUGGUGGAAGGGCUGGAAACUUCCAGAUUUUAUGUUUGCGACAAGGCGUAGCUUAUCAGAUGCAUGUGAUAAUGUUGGCAAACAGAUCGAUGGUUUUUACUCAUCGCUCUCGGGUACAAAACAGGAGUUAGGUUCACAAGUUGACAGGGUGGGUCGUCGUUUGGAUGCAAAUACGGAAGUUAUUGAACAAACAGGACGAGAGGUGACUGAACUACAGGAUGGUACAGCAAUUAUAAAGGAUGACGUUAAGUCUGUUUUCGCUGCUGUUGAAACUCUGGCAAACAAAGUCUAUCGUAUUGAGGGAAAUCAGGAUAUCACGCUUAGGGGAGUUGGGGCUCUGCAUGCUCAGUGUCGGGAGAACCAAAGAAUUCAAGAGUCCAAUAAGGCUUUGCCAUCAACUUCAUCAGUGCCAGCCCUUGAGGCAGCUCCUAUGACACCAUCUUCAAGGACUCUGUCUUUACCUCCUGCUUCUCCCGAUGAAUCCCAGUCGCCGUCAACCCCUAAUGGAGCUCAACAGUCACGGGGCCCACUUCAGCACACUCAAUCUAUGUCUGGUUUGAAGGACAUAAAUGAAAGCUCUAGUAGCUGUGAGACGUCUUCGAAUGGAAAAUAUUCUGGGGGAAACGGUGCAUUAGGCUUGAGUUCGGGCGUGUUUGGUAGGUUCUCAAUACCAAGAAUAGUGAGGACUCGUACUGUGGUCAACACAGUGCCUACUAACUGAAGAGAGUUCGUUUUUUUUAAUUAUUAGGAUUAACAAACAAGAAUGGGCCAUGUUGUAUCUAGUAAAAUAUUUGAAUAGAUUUUGCUUUUCUUUUGGCAUGUGCAUCGAGACAAUGCCAUAAAUGGUGCAUAAUAUUUUUGGAGGGAUGCAGCUUAUGUUUAAAUGGGUUUAUAGGUCACAGUUAUCAGUUUGUUACUGUUUUCCGAAUACAACAAGAGGUUGAAGAUAGUUUCUUUAAUUAGUUAUGUUCUGUCGAAAGAGCUUUUGAAUAUAACAGCAGCUAUUAU